ACCCUGAACUUGACGGGCCGCGGAGAGGCGGGGGAUUGCGAACGGAGCGGCUGCCGGAGGUCUGCAGCGGGACCCGCCGGGGAAACACACGCUUUUCAGAGGGCUCCGGGAAAAAAACACCCUCCUCUGCUCUCCUUCAGCGGUGGACGCGCAGCGCAGAAGCCCACGCCACAGGAGCCGUUUUCUGGGGGUGUUCGGUGAAAGAUGAGGAGUCCUCCGGGCCCUGGCCGCUGAGCAGCUGAGGGUCAGAGUCCAAGCGCUUGCUCCAGCAGUCAUGGCGGACAGAGAGGGGCUUCCCAUCGGCCCGGGCCAGGUCUACGUCGAGGUGGAGUACGACUAUGAGUACAAGGCCAAGGACAAGAUGGUGAGCAUUCGUCAGGGAGAUUGUUACAUGCUGGUGAAGAAGACCAACGAGGACUGGUGGCAGGUGAGGAAGGAGGAAGGUGCAAAAGCCUUUUAUGUGCCCGCGCAGUAUGUCAGGGAGGUGCGGCGGGCGCUGAUGCCCCCCCAGAAGCCUGCCUUGAGAGCCAAGCCCACCGUUCUGGACAUCUGCCGGGAAUCCAACGAGAACCUCAACAGGCCUCAGCCGGAGAUGUCCAGCUUUGGCCGCCCGUCGCCUUCCUCCACCCCCUCGCCGUCCUCCGACCGCGUCACGCCCCCCGUCCUCCCCAAGGACCCCAACCAGAACCUGGGGAGUCCGCACCACUGCAAGCUGGUGGCGGAGCUAGUUCUCCUCCACAACAACAACAACCAUCACCACAGCAACAACUCGUCGUUGCCGCGGACGCGAGCCGAUUCGCCUCCGCUCAGAGCGGGGAGCGGCCACAACAAAAGUCCGGACAGCGACAAGAGCUCGGCUCUGAGCGAGGCACCAGGAGAGGGGUCCACCAAGCACCGCAACGACUCGGAGUCCGGGGACGAGCUGAGCAGCAGCUCAACAGAACACAUGCAGGUAGGGAAGACUUUUUGAUGCUUAUCUCCAGGA